UCUCUUCGGAUAAAGCUUGAGGUUUGUUCGCGUGCGGGGCGACUGGAUCAUGUCUGCUUUGGCUACAGGUAACAACGCAUCCUUUAUGCGCGUGCUGGAGGCGGAGGCAGUUUUGGGGUGGGGUGGACCAGAAGAUCCGGUUUCGUCGGGGAUGAAACACGCAGUGGCUCACUGCUUCUACACACUCUCUCCACCGCAUGCGCUCCCUUAACACGCGCGCUCUGUGCUGGAGGACACAGUUCGUCACAGUAUGCCGAUGGAUGUGUGAAGAUCAGAGCCUGGAGAAGCAUGUAAAAAACUCGGAAUAGAUUAGGAACGACAGAAUGGCUAAACACUCAACUUGCUCAUAACACAAAUGUGCUAAUAUGUGUUUUUGACAACGGUGGGUCAUGUUGAAAAAAUGAAUAACAAAUAAACAGCCUCCAACUGCUGGACCACGGCUAUGCAGAUCUAAUGGCUAAACUUUACUCAAGGAGUAGUAGGACAUCUGGGAUGCUGUAGAAUGGAGCAUCCAUUCCAGACAUUCUCUCAAGGGUCUGUCACGCUACCUUCGAGAAGAAUGAGCAAUUUUCGCCAGACUGAGAUAUGUGCGUGUUGCUGCUGAACUGGUCCGAUGGUUCAUUUGACUAGACGGAGAACUAAUAGCUUCUCGAAGAGGAGGAAGUGGCCGUAACUUGACCCAUGAACAAGUAUGUGAAUGAGAAGCCAGGCUGCAGUUAGAAGAAAGCGCAAUUUGGGAAUAGACAGUAGCUCCGAACAGAUGUUGCUUUGUGCGCCGCUGGCGGGGUAUACUUACGAUACCUAGUCGACAGACUAGAAGCAAACAGUUCUUUGAUUUUACAGAGUUCAACAAAGGUGAUCUGGUGUUCAGACGUCUCCUGGCUGAUCUUUCGGUCUCCGUUUUAAUGAGUCGCAAAGAUGCCCCAACUUUUUUGAACUACGUCAUCCUACCCACUUUGUUAUUGAGGUUGCCAGCUGUGAUGCUGCGAAGGGGUCUGCUGGCCUGGCUCUCACGUGUGGGCAUUUUGUUAGUGGUGGUGUGCUGCUGUCUUUCUCUCCUCUAUGUCAUCACCUGCACCCCCCACGUGGAUGAACCCUUGGCGGGGCAACCCCUUCCCAGAGGUGGAGGAUUGGGGAUGGGGGGUGGUCCGAGCAGACCGGGUGGAGUUGGAGGUGCCCCCAUUGGUCCUGUCGGACGAGAAGGGUUCCAGGCCCUACUACAAGAGCGAGAAGAACAACACCGGCAGCAUAUUGCCAGCCUAAAAAAGCAAAUCGCUCAACUCAAAGAAGCUCUCCAAGAACGUAGCGAACAGCUUAAGGGCAUGCAGAACUCUUUGGAGAAGACAGCCGGCAGGGUCGUUGUGGUGGAAGAUCACAGUCGCAACGACCUGCAGGAGUUCCUGCGCAGUCAGCUGAACCGGGCUGAGGCUCACGCCGGUGUACGACUUCCGAGCGAGUACGCUGUGGUGCCCUUCGAAAGCUUUACCCUGCAGCGAGUCUACCAGCUCGAGAUGGGGUUGACAAGACACCCAGAGGAGAAGCCUGUGCGGAAGGACCGCAGGGACGAGCUGGCGGAAGUGGUGGAGAGCGCGCUACACGCUCUUAAUGCGCCAAGUCAGGCAGGAGACAAAACAAAAGCGACCAAAGUCUACAUGCCGUCUGACUUUAUAGAAGGGAUCGCACGCACAGAGAAGGACAAGGGCACGCUGUAUGAACUGACCUUCCGCGGUGAACAGAAGCAAGAGUUUCGCAGGCUGGUUCUCUUCCGGCCCUUCGGCCCACUCAUGAAAGUGAAGAGUGAGCUCGUGGAGACGGCCAACAUGCCCAUUAACAUCGUGGUGCCUUUGUCCCAGAGAGCCGACAAAUUCAGGCAGUUUAUGCACAACUUCAGGGAGGUGUGUGUGAAGCAGGACGGGCGGGUGCACCUUACCGUGGUUUACUUUGGAAAGGACCAGAUAAAUGAAGUCAAGGGAACUUUGGAGAACACAUCGAGGGAGCUGAACUUCCGUAACUUCACGCUGAUUCAGCUGAAUGAGGAGUUUUCUAGAGGUCGAGGUCUGGACGUGGGAGCCCGAGCUUGGAAGGGAGGCAAUGUCCUGCUCUUCUUCUGUGAUGUGGACAUCUUCUUCACAGCCGACUUCCUAAACACAUGUCGUCUGAAUGCCAAACCUGGAAAGAAAGUGUUUUACCCAGUUCUCUUCAGUCAGUACAAUCCAGCUGUAAUCUACGGCAGCCACAUUCCCCCUGUGGAACAGCAGCUGAUUAUUAAGAAAGACACUGGCUUUUGGAGGGACUUUGGCUUUGGGAUGACCUGUCAAUACAGAUCAGACUUUAUCAAUAUAGGUGGUUUUGAUGUGGACAUUAAAGGCUGGGGCGGUGAGGACGUCCACCUGUACAGGAAAUACCUCCACAGUAAUCUACUGGUAGUGCGCGCACCAUCGCGCGGCCUCUUCCAUCUGUGGCACGAGAAGAGAUGUGCCGAUGAGUUGCCUCCAGACCAGUACAAGAUGUGCAUGCAGUCGAAAGCAAUGAACGAGGCCUCGCAUGGACAGCUCGGCAUGCUGCUGUUCCGGCAUGAGAUCGAGGCGCACCUCCGAAGACAGAAACAGCGAAGCGGAGCCAAAAAAGCUUGAAGCAUGUUACCUCUUAUGUUUUGUAAAAAUGUAAACUCACAGUUACAGGAAGAGUUCACCCUGAAAACCAACUUUUGGCAUGGUUAACUCACUGUAUUCCAAACCAAUGAGUAACUUUUUCACAAGCUGUAAAUUUCCUGGGCACGGUUUUCCAUGUGAUGAACGCAUAGUUCUUGAAAAAAGAACUUAAUUAUCAUUAUUGAUUCACUCUGGUGUCAUUCAAAACCUGUAUAUGACUUUUUCGUCUGUGGAACACAAAAGGAGAUAUUUUGAGAAAUGUCUCAGUGGUUUUGUAUCCAUAUGAUGGAUGUCAAUGGGGACCGCGAUUUUUCAAAAUGUGUAUUGCAGAGGAAAGAACGUUAUACAGGUUUGAAGGUGUAAAUAAUGAAAGAAUUUUUAUCUCUGGGUGAAAUGUCCCUUUAAAUAAAAUAAAAAAAUUCCAAGCACAAAGCAUUGGGUGGCUUUAGAAGACUUGGAUUGUAGUGCACAAUCACCAACAUUUUGACACUUUUAUUGCCCUUUAAAUCGUUUUUGGACUUGACAUCCCCAUUCACUUUCAUUCAUUCAGAAAUAGUGCAAAUGCACCUUAAAAUAAAAACGUGCCUUUUGUGAUCCAUGGGAGAACACGAGUAAUGCAGGUUUGCUCUAAGGAUAAAUAAUGAGUAAAUAAUAACAGGAUUUUCAUUUUGGGUGAACUGUCCCUUUAAAUCAUACUUUUAGUAUGACUGCACAAACGCACACACACAUGCAAACCCAAACACUGAGAUAACUCAGAGACGCCACAGGAACAGAGCAACAGACUAGACAUUCCCUGUAGACAACAUAGUCAAGCGUGGGCGUCAGAAUAUGACCUUCAAGUCUGCACAGUGUCUUUUGAGUGUUAUUAAAUGAUUAUCCAGAUACAGCACAUGAUGUAGUCUCUAAUGCACAUGUGCACUUCAGAGAGAAAUCUCACAUUGUCAGCAGGUUUAAUGCUGAUAAUCUAUGAUACAUUACCGUUAUGUGAUACUGAAUGUAAGACACAACUGGUAUAAAUGGAAUGUAGGAGAGACUUGAGACGACGUGUAACUGUUUCAAACAUUAAUUUCAAUUUACCUAAACAUUAUUUUAUUGUAAUAAUUUACACAUGCUAUACCUCCCUUUUUCUUUUAAAGAAUUGUAACAAAAUAUUUAAAUUUACUACAGUUAAAGCAAAUAAAAUUGGAAACAAUUUGGCAACAAAUGCAGAAAUCAUAGGCAAAACCAGACUAUGUGUGUGUGUCACGCUCAUUAUUGUAUUGUUUACACAUUUAGUUUGUUAAGUGUAACAAAACUCUCUGGUCUCGUCCUACCUCAGCCUAAAAUAGCGUUUUUUUUCUUGGGUGCAAAUACACUAUCAAACAAAAUAAGAAUGUAUUUUUUCCAUUUAUAUCAUGUUGGUAUGUCUUAUGCUUAAUGCGUUUAUACAGUAGCAGGAAAACAUGUCCUGGGCGUUUUUGGUCAAAUAACAUUAAAUAUGGGGUUUAUACUGUACUUUCGGGGUGGAAAGUGCAAAGAGUCAAAGCAAGAUAUAUAUAGAAAAUGCCUGAUUGCUUAUUGUCAUGUAGCCUAAUAGUUGGUAUAUAGGCCUAACUUGUUAAAUAUUAUUUAUAGAUCAGUGAGAAAUACUAAAGGGCGUCAAGUGUGUAUUUAGAUGUGACAAACUGAUCUAACAGUUAAUGUGACGAGUGGUUCGAAGAACUACAAUUUCCCCAUUUUGAUUUGUUGAUGAUAUGGUGCCACCUAGUGGUUACAUUUAUUAUUACAAACAUUUGUGACCGAAUGGUCUUGCAGGGACAGUGAACUUCAUUAUACAGUAAUAAUAAUAAUAUACAGUAUUACUAUAAUACAACACAACAUAAUUCAGUUUAUAACUGGUUGAUAAGCGUUGAUUCUACAUUUUAAAUUAGAUUUUUAAACAGCCAAUAACAUAUAAUGUUUGAUUUAUUUUGUAUAAACAUUUUGAAUGACAAAGAUGCGUACUUGUAGGAGAGGUUUAUUUGGACUACACUUGUAAACACUCAUAUGUUCAUAACUUACACUCCAAAUGAAACUUUUAUGACGACCAAACUCUUUAAGUGUUUUUUGAAGUUCUGCUACAAGCCUGCUGUCAGAUAAAUCAAGCACACACUGUUUUUCACACUAGAUCAAUGUAGAAUACUUGUAGAAAUAAUUAUUUAUUGGGGUACACCUUAAGUAUGACCUUUUUCACGCCUCAAACGUCAAAAGGAUCUGUCUAUUCAUAUUCCAAUUAAAUAUUUUCAGGCAAUGAUUUAUUGUACAUUUUAAGAAUUUUGAGGACGAACAAAAUAAAGUGAAACAAAAGUAUGACACUGGUGUUCGUAAAUCUGUUUAUCUCGAGUGUUUAAACUGAACCAGCUUGUUUUGUCCAGCAUUCACCUGUAGAUGGCAGUAUUUCAUCAUUAUUUUGUGAGGCCGCAAACACUCAUUACGUCAUGAUGUGUAUUGCGAAUUAAAAUCUGUAACAACCCACUCAUAACGAUACAAAAGGAACAGAUUUAAUCUUUUUUCUCUCUCAAUCAUUUAAAUGUCUGUAAUUGGUCUGUAAAUAAAUGAAUGAAAUGC